AGGGUUCUGGCGACUUCUGAUUCGCAUUUCCGCUGCGCGGCCAUGAGAAGAGGCGCUUCUCUACUUCUCGCCGCGCUGGCGGCCAAGGCGAAGCCUUCAUCAUCUCGCAAUCUCAUCGAAGUUCUCUGCGGAAGCCCCUCCCUACCUCAUCUCCCCCGACCGAACGCUCUUCCCAGCUGCCAUCGUUUCCGCGCCAUCCAGACCGGCAGCGACUCCGCCGCCUCCACUACCGUCCCCUCCCCUCGCCGGCGGAGGAACCAGGAUGUUUCUGAUCUCGAGGAAGCCUUCGAGUCCGCUACGACGACCGAUGACAUCCUUUCCGCCUUCCGAGCCCUGGAGGCCGCCCUUGAACCCCGCGACAGCCGACUCGGUCUCGCUUGCCUGAAGGUCGGCCAGCAUCUCGACUCCAUCGGCUCCAAGGACCACGAAGAAAUCCUCCGCUUUGGCCUGCGCGCCCUCGAGAGCCUUGAUGUCGACGGAGACCGCUCCAUCUCCGUGGCCAUGGCCCUCCACCUGGCCGGAUCCGCCAGCUACGACCUCAAGCGUUUUAACGACAGUUUAGGGUUCUUAAAUCGGGCGAACAGAAUUCUAAGCUUGUUGGAGAGUGAGGAUUCUGGAUGCGAGUUUGAUGUCAAGCCAGUGAGCCAUGCCGUCCAGCUCCAGCUUGCCAACACCAAGACAGCGAUGGGCAGGCGUGAGGAGGCGCUGGUCAAUCUUAGGAGAUGUCUGGAUAUUAAAGUUUCUAUCUUGGAACCUAAUAGUCGAGAGUUGGGUAUUGCUCACCGUGAUCUAGCAGAGGCAUAUGCAGCUAUUUUGAACUUUAAGGAGGCAUUGCCGCUCUGUUUGAAGGCAUUGGAGAUUCAUACUGCCCACCUGGGGCAGAAUUCAGUAGAGGUGGCUCAUGAUCGGAGACUUCUUGGGGUUAUCUACACUGGAUUGGAGGAGCAUCAGAAGGCUCUGGAAGAGAAUCAGUUGUCUCAGAAAAUUAUGAAGAGUUGGGGUAUGGGUGGCUCAGAUUUGCUUCAUGCCGAGAUUGAUGCAGCCAACAUCCACAUUGCUUUGGGGAAAUAUGAUGAGGCCAUCAACGUUCUCAGAGGGGUGGUUCAACAGACUGACAAGGAGAGUGAGAUUAGGGCUUUGGUGUUUAUCUCCAUGGCAAAAGCCUUAUGCAACCAAGAGAAGUUUUCUGAUGCAAAGCGCUGCUUGGAGGUCUCACGCGGUAUUCUUGAGAAAAAGGAAUUCGUCUCACCCGAAAAGGUCGCUGAAGCCUACAUGGAGAUAGCAACUCUGUAUGAAUCACUAAACGAUCUUGAGACUUCUAUAUCAUUGCUGAAAAGAACUCUUGCCAUGGUAGAGAAGAUUCCACAGGAGCAGCAUAUAGAAGGAAAUGUCUCAGCAAAGAUUGGGUGGUUGCUUCUCUUGGCAGGAAGAGUUGUCCAGGCUAUUCCAUAUUUGGAAAGUGCAGCCGAUAGAAUGAAGGAGAGCUUUGGGCCAAAGCACUUUGGAGUUGGAUACGUAUACAAUAACUUGGGAGCAGCCUAUACUGAGAUAGACCGGCCACAAUCAGCUGCACAAAUGUUUGCCAUGGCAAAGGAUAUCAUGGACGUAUCGCUGGGUCCACAUCAUUCUGAUUCUAUUCAAACAAGCCAGAGCCUUGCUAAUGCAUAUUCUGCAAUGGGAAGCUAUACCCUUGCUCUGGAAUUCCAACAAAGAGUUGUUGAUGCAUGGGCAAGUCAUGGUUCAAGUGCCAAAGAUGAACUUAAAGAGGCAAUCAGACUUCUUGAAGAGCUGAAGAAAAAGGCUUUUGGACCAAUUUCUGAAGCACUUGUCCAGGAGGUAUUGUCAUCACCUAAAGCUGAAGCUCUUAUCCAGGAGGUUUUAUCAUCGUCUAAUAAAACUGAUUCUGCUUCUGACAAAGAUGCGCAACAUUAAUCUUAAGAUCUGAUUUUGUUUGAAAUCAUGAACUCUUUACUUAAAGUUACACUUCAUGUAUUCAUCUUUAAUUACACUUAUUUUUUUAGUUUUAUGA